CCGCUUCUUCCAAGUAUUCGAAAUAUAAACAAUAUUUUCAUCUGAAUCCACAAAUUUCUGCUUCUCUCAUUUGAACAUCCAUUUCGUAUCUCUCUCUCUCUCUCUACGGUCUCUUUCAUUACAGAAAUCUCGAGAGAGAAACUUAUAGUCGUUGGGCGACACAAACCCUAGCUGUUAUCUUCCUCUUCGACUAGGGUUUUAGAGGCUUAUCACUCUCUUUUAUUCUAACUGCCUCAUCUCCUUUCGAGUUUAGCAGUUCAGAAACACAUGGCGAUGGAGAUCACUCAGUUUCUAUUGGCUGCUCAAUCAGCUGAUGCAAAAGUGCGUACGGAAGCAGAAGCUAGCCUAAGGCAGUUUCAAGAGCAAAACCUUCCUGCUUUUCUUCUGUCCUUAUCAUUUGAGCUUGCAAACAAUGAGAAACCCACCGAAUCACGACGUCUGGCUGGUAUUGUGCUUAAGAAUUCAUUAGACGCUAAAGAUGCUGUUACAAAAGAUCGUCUUGUGCAACAGUGGAUGCAAAUUGAUGUAUCCAUCAAAACCCAGAUCAAGGACUUUCUCUUAGGUACUCUUGGUUCACCUGUGCCAGAAGCUAGGCACACUUCUGCACAGGUUGUUGCUAAAAUUGCUUCUAUUGAGAUUCCCCAGAAACAGUGGCCUGCAUUAAUCGGGACAUUGCUUGCAAAUAUGACUCAGAGGGAGAGUCAUGCUGGCCUGAAACAGGCAACACUGGAAACUUUUGGAUACGUGUGUGAAGAGAUUUCUCAUAGGGAUCUUGAGCAGGCUGAAGUAAACAAUGUUCUUACUGCUGUAGUCCAGGGGAUGAAUUUUGCUGAAAACACUGUUGAAGUUCGGCUUGCUGCAACAAAGGCUUUGUAUAAUGCCCUGGACUUUGCUGAGACCAACUUUCAAAAUGAGAUGGAACGUAAUUUUAUAAUGAAGGUGGUUUGUGAGACUGCCAUGUCCAAGGAAGUAGAGAUUAGGCAGGCUGCUUUCGAGUGUCUUGUCUCAAUAGCAUCGACAUACUAUGAGGUGCUUGAACCUUAUAUGCAAGCUCUCUUUGAGCUCACAUCAAAUGCUGUUAAGGGAGAUGAGGAGUCUGUUGCUCUUCAGGCAAUUGAGUUUUGGAGCUCUAUUUGUGAUGAAGAAAUAGAGCUGCAAGAGUUUGAUGCAGAGAGUGGGGAUUCUGGAGCUCCCCAUUCCCGCUUCAUAGAGAAGGCUCUGCCAUCCAUAGUGCCAAUGUUGCUGGAAACCUUGCUUAAGCAGGAAGAAGAUCAAGAUCAGGAUGAUAGUAUCUGGAAUGUAUCCAUGGCUGGUGGGACAUGUUUAGGUCUUGUGGCCAGGACAGUUGGCGAUUCUAUUCUUCCCCUUGUAAUGCCCUUUGUGGAAAGUAACAUAAUGAAGCCAGAUUGGCGAUGCCGUGAGGCAGCUACGUAUGCAUUUGGUUCAAUCUUAGAAGGCCCAACUCUUGAAAAGCUUUCCCAACUCGUUCAAUCUGGGUUGGAUUUCUUGCUUAAGGCAAUGAAGGAUGAAAAUAACCAUGUCAAGGAUACAACAGCUUGGACUCUCAGUCGUAUAUUUGAGUUGUUGCACAAUCCUGCUGGUGAUUUUUCUGUGAUUUCUUCAGAGAACCUUCAACGAGUUGUGCAGAUAUUGUUGGAGGGAAUUCAGGAUGCACCAAACGUAGCUGAGAAAGUAUGUGGGGCUAUAUAUUACCUUGCCCAGGGGUAUGAAGAUGCUGGGCCCUACUCCUCUAUGCUCACACCAUAUAUCCCAAGCAUUGUUGACUGUCUGUUUAAAACUGCCAAUCGCACAGAUGGCGGUGACUUGAAGCUGAGAUCAUCUGCUUAUGAAACAUUGAAUGAAGUAGUUAGGUGUUCGAAUAUUGUAGAAACUUCUAGCAUCAUAGCACAGCUGCUUCCUGCUAUCAUGGAUAAGUUGGGUAAUACGAUAGAGCUUCAGAUUGCAUCAUUGGACGACAGGGAAAAACAAGGAGACUUGCAAGCUUCUCUCUGUGGGGUUCUUCAAGUUAUUAUCCAAAAACUUAGCAGUGUUGAUGAAACCAAGACCGUAGUUCUUCAGACUGCAGACCAGAUCAUGACCUUGUUUCUAAAGGUCUUUGCUUGCCGUAGUUCCACCGUGCAUGAGGAAGCAAUGCUUGCAAUUGGAGCACUGGCUUAUGCUACUGGAACAGACUUUGAGAAAUACAUGCCAGAGUUCUAUAGGUAUUUGGAGACUGGAUUGCAAAAUUUUGAGGAGUACCAGGUUUGUGCCAUUACCGUCGGUGUGGUUGGUGAUAUAUGUCGUGCCUUGGAUGGCAAGGUGUUGCCAUAUUGCGAUGGGAUAAUGAAUCACCUGAUUAAAGAUCUUUCUAGUGAAGAACUUCAUCGUUCUGUGAAGCCUCCCAUAUUUUCUUGCUUCGGGGACAUUGCUCUUGCAAUUGAAGAGCACUUUGAAAAGUAUGUUCCUUAUGCACUGCAAAUGAUGCAAGGAGCUGCCGAGCUCUGUGCUAGAAUGGACACCAGUGAUGACGAGUUGAUAGACUAUGCAAACCAGCUGAAGCGUAGCAUCUUUGAAGCUUAUUCUGGUAUUUUACAAGGAUUCAAGAAUUCAAAAUCUGAAAUCAUGUUGCCAUAUGCCCAACAUCUCUUGCAAUUCAUAGAAACAGUUUUCAGAGAUAAACAGAGGGAUGAAAGCGUGACAAGAGCAGCUGUUGCUGUGAUCGGUGAUCUUGCAGAUGCACUUGGUCCAAACACCAAGUUGCUCUUCAGAGAACGAGCAUUUUACAAAGAAUUCUUGGGCGAGUGUCUUCAAUCCGAUGACGAACAGCUCAAGGAAACUGCAACUUGGACUCAGGGAAUGAUCGGACGCGUCAUGGUUUCUUGAAAAGAAACAAACCAUUCCCAGGAGUCUUGUUUUCUUCAGUAAGUUUGUCAAGUCCAGAGUUCUUGUGUCUAUUGCCGAUCAAUUUUGAAUUUUCAUGGAAAUUUUUUUAGGGAAAGAGAAAAUUAGCGCUAUGGGUGGGUAAAAGAGUUUUAUGAAAGUUUCAAGUAUAUAUUGCAGCCACUUCUAGAUGAAAUUGGGCCGUUGUCUGUUGUGGAACUCUGUUUAGUGUAAUGCAUCCACUGAUCAGUGGGCCUUGUGUCAUUUAUUAUGUUCCUUCUCUCAUUUUCCUCAACAGUUUUUUAGUUCUGUGAAUUGAUGAUAUGGCUAUUAUUAUCUACACUUGAUUUAUAUAUAUAUAUAUAUGAAAAAAUAUUAGUAUCUUUCAA